CAAUUUCGCAUUGAGCGACGGCCUGUGACACGAUAUGGGACUCCCGAUGAAUAAUUGAGGGAGGGAACGCGCGUGCGCGGUACGAAGCAGACGUAUCAGGCAUUUCGAUGCCCCACCGUUCAUCCCGAACAAAUAUCUGUUAAACGUACACGUGAAAAAUUAAAAAUUGCCAAAUCGUAGUUAAUGUUGACGGAUUUUAUGACCGUUUUAUUAUGAUCGUGUUAUAAUACGAGUGCCAAUAUAUAGUGCGUGUACAAUGCAGGCAGGGGGCCCGGAUAGUGCCGCGGUGUCGGAGGCCCCCAGUAGUGGCAGUGAGGAGUCGGACUGCGAGCAGGGGCCUGAAGCCGAUGCAGACGCGGCUCUGACCGAGGAGUGGGCGAGAGAGUUGCUGAGUGGAUCGGGCGUGGUCGCACCUCAAGAGAUUCGCGUGGAAUCCCGGGCAGGAGUUGCAGGGGCUCUUAGCCGGGUCCUCGCAGUCACCGUUCGAUAUGAAAGCGCCGGGGAGUUCCGCGCGCUACCACUGGUAGUGAAGUUACCGCCGCGCGAUCCUUUUGGGAGGCUGUUCGUAGCGGAGGCUCAGUUCGACACCAGGGAGAUACUGUUCUAUACAGAGCUGGCGCCCGCGCUCAACAGGCUGGCUGAAGAGGCGCUCGGCCCUGGACAAGGGUUGCCUAUUCCGAGAUGCGUGAAAGCUAGACUACCAGACGAAAUUGGCGGAGACAGCGAACUCGUGUUAGAAGAUGUGACGGCUGUUGGGUAUGAAUCGGCAGACUUUGCCGAGGGCCUCACGGUGGAACGCGCAAGGGCUGCGCUGUACGCUGCCGCGAGGCUCCACGCCCUCUCCCUCGCCCUGCGGGACAGAGAGGGCCCACUCGACGAGAGAUUCGACUUCCUCUUCCCUUGCGAAAGAGCAGCAGCCGGCUACCUCCGUUUAGUAAGACGGGGAUUACCACAACUCGAAGCUUUUCUCCGUGGCCGCACUGACUGUAUCGAAGAAGCUGCGGCGGUGUCGGCACUCAGCGCGCGGGCGCCUUCACUCCUAGGCACGUUACUCCGACCGGCCGAGCCCGCGCCACUCGCGCAUGCCGACUUUUGGAGUGGCAACCUUCUGUUCAAAGAAACAGACGGAGAAACCGAAUGCAUUGCGCUAGAUUGGCAAAUGGUAUCUCUAGGAAGACCUAUGGACGACGUCGCGCUGUUGCUCCUCUCUUCACUCACACCGGAAAUGAGGAGAGCCGCUGGUGAAUCUCUAAUAGAAGACUACGGGAAUCGCUUGGAAGCGGAGUGUGCCAGAUUGGGAACGGCGUCGUCCGGAGUGAUAGUCAGACGAGGGUUGAAACCUGAUUGGCCGCGAGCGGCGCUUCGGGCUCUCUUGUUAUGCGCGGGGAGCGUUGAUGUCGCUCUGGGGGAGCCUCGCGCGGAGAGUAGGUUACUGGAAGCUGUACGCGAUUUGCACGCACAAAACAUUCUCGCCCUAAAACCUGACUCUGACGCGUGAACAUUAAUUACAGUGCCAAGAUUACAGUAGGGGAGCCCGGGAUGCUAAAUUUGCAGUUACUACAGCGUUAUUGGAAUCGAUUAGAUUUGGUAGAUUAGAUGAUGGAGAGAAUAAAUGGUUAUAUACUUUUGUCGCUUUCAGCGGUGGGGAAAAAAACUACAGAAUUUAAAGACAAUUUUUAUUACUAAGGCUUACUGAAAUCAUCAGAAAACAUGAGCGAUUAUUUAGGAGAUUAUUUCAUUUAAAUAACAGAAAUGUAUGGGUUUUAUUUUGUAACUUUGAAAGUCUCCCAUUCCAUUACGUUACGCUCAAAUUGCCAGAUUUUCGAAAUGCACACCUUUUAGUUAUCAACUCACCUACCUACCUUUAAUCUGACGUAAUCUGAUUUUUUGGUUGCCCUAAACGCACCCACCAAUAUUAAGGGCUCAUACUUGGUGGAGGUACUGACAACGUGCAUGGUAUUAUUGUUAUGUUCGUUUGACGCGCUCGAGUAACUGCAAAAAUCCUCCCUUCGGCUCCCCUACUAUUACGUUAGUAUUCAAAGUUAACCGAUCAUCGAUUAAUGUGUCCAUGUCAUAGCGUAUACAUUUGUUUCGAUUGAAGCACAAAAUCACAUUUGUGUGCGCGUUAGUUAUGUAUGAUUAUUUGUAUUAUUUUAUGUAGUGACUUUGAAUAUUUUAUUGGAGACGCUCGUGGCUCCAGAGGUGCGCAGCGAUGCCUAAAUAAAGACUGAAUUUACGUAAUUAAAUCAUGUGUGUGACCUACAUGAGUGUGGUAUUUAAUUAUUGUAGGUGAAUGUUGCUCAUCGUAUCAAAAAAUGCAAAAAAUUCGUUUCGGUCUAUUGACUAUUAUUUGAAUAAAAAUAAAUUAUUAUUGGUACUCA